AUGGGGUCUGUCGCUAGCUUUUCCCGUCACUACGGCCAACCUGACAUUCCCAAGUACCAAACCGGGAAAUUUCGUCAGAGUGCCCAAAGUAGAGACGCCCUCGAUAGCUGGCUAGCUGAAGAUCGAGCAAGAGGGCUUCGAUUUUCGAUUGUGCGUGCAAACGGCUCUAGUGAGCGCCUCUUUUUUUUCUAUAGGGCUCGCCCUCUCUCUGUGUCUGAGUCUGUCUCCGUCUCUCACCAGUACGGCGAAACUUUACUGGCGAAACUGUCGCGGUCUCUGUCCCAGCUUUCGUUUUUCAAAUUUAAGCCACCGCAGAUAGUUUUACACUGGACGACUGACAAGGGACAAGACAAAUACACUAUAAGCCAAAACAACGCCGCUCGCUCGCCCACUCGCUCGCUCAGCUUCCCGCAACAGUUCCCCAGGCUCUACUCAUCUUCUGCCGCGUUCCAGCCGCUUUUCUCCAGCUUUCUCCAGCUCUUUGUCAAGAAACUCGCUCCCCUGGCACCCACAGCAAGACCGUGUCGUUCGGAACCCAAAACUCAAGCUUUUUGGACCGUCCCGCCCCACUCGCUAAUCCCGGCUACACACUACACAACACACAGCACACAGCCCGAUAAUACAUUCGUGGUGUGUUUCGCUCGUGCUCAUUGA